AUGUUCAUGGAAAAUACCCACAGCGUCAAACCUGCACAUCCGGAAAUACGCCGUGGACGGGUACCACAGACGGCGUGGCGCAUAGAGACAGUGUCAAGGCUGCCGACGGCGCCACAGUUGCCGGUGGACACCAUCUUCUUCACGCACAAGAAUCAGACAAACGGGUGUGGAGUACCUCUGCGUGAUCUUAUUGCGUGUCCACCACGACAGGUGGAUGAAACGAUUGGCGAGAACAUGGCUGGCGGCAGCGACGAGGUGUUUGCAGCGGUCGAAUACAAGUCCAUCACGAUCAAUGUACAGUGGCCAUCGUACGACUUUGUAUACAACGAGAACGUCCCGAUUGUCAACAGAGGCAAGUACAUCACGCGCGCACAGUUGGCAGUCAGGAUAGGCAGGAAGAUUCAGAGCCUUGUGGAGGCUUUGAGGACAGUACUCCCCGACGAGCGAGGGGCGUACUGGACGAUAGGCGACGAAGCAUUUGGAACGGAAGACAUCUAUGUCGUGUCCCUGUCGCAGCUGCAUGGACGGAUAUUCCGAGUGGACCUGGAUAUAGAGUGCGAACAUAGAUCAGUCUUGAACGAUACGGAAAAUGAUGAGUUCCCUCCGCAACCACCAUCCGUGGAUUGCUCGGCUGGCCCGCGCAUGCUAGGUCAAAGGCAUUUGUAUCUUAAAUAUGAGGACCCACCAUCCAUUUGCGUGUACACCGAGGGCGUCACGGCACAUGAGCUUCCGUGCGCAAUAGUCACCAUCAGUGAUUCUCCCACAGAUGAAGAUGGCGUCGUCGUUGAGGCAGUAAGGGGUGAAGAACUGCUGGCGAUAUAUGAAGACGACAUUGAGCUAUUCUCCGCUGGCGGGCAAACUGGGGACCCCAACACGAAGAUACACAUCGAUGAAGUCGUGAAAGCCCUCCUGCGGAGUAUAAGUUGCUUAGUAGUGGCCGAGUGCCUCAUGCAAACAUGGUGCUGCAAGCCAAGGCGAAUGCAAGAGAGGCAGAGAGGCGUUCUGGACAAGGACUGUAUGCAUUCGAAAGAAAGCAAUGUCGCUUCUCAGAUCGAUGACCAAUCUAUCACAACGCAUUGCGUGCUUAAAGGCAUUGUAACAUGGUGGAUGGAAAAUUCACACCUAUCAGCACAAAAGUAUGGAGUGUGA